AUGUUCAAGAGCGGCAUCACCCGGUCGCUGCGAGCCUCAGCAUUCCGCCGGCCAGCGACCGUACAACGCGCCUGGAAACCCAUCACAAAGAACUUUGCUCCCGCUCUGUCGGCGAGGUUCGCAAGUACAGAUUCUGCGAAGGAUGGCAAGAUUCAUCAGGUCAUUGGCGCCGUCGUCGACGUAAAAUUCGACACCGAGCAGCUACCGGCCAUUCUCAACGCCUUGGAAACGGACAAUGGUGGCAACAAGCUUAUUCUGGAGGUCGCACAACACUUGGGCGAGAAUGUCGUCCGGUGUAUUGCUAUGGACGGUACCGAGGGUCUGGUUCGAGGCUCCAUCGCUACCGAUACUGGCUCACCCAUUAUGAUUCCUGUCGGCCCUGGCACGCUGGGUCGUAUCAUGAACGUUACCGGCGAUCCUAUCGAUGAGCGUGGCCCGAUCAAGCACACCAAGAAGCUUCCUAUCCACGCCGAUCCCCCACUGUUCGUUGAACAGUCCACCUCAGCUGAGGUCCUCAUCACUGGUAUCAAGGUCGUCGACCUGUUGGCCCCGUAUGCUCGUGGUGGAAAGAUUGGUCUCUUCGGUGGUGCUGGUGUUGGCAAGACUGUGUUCAUUCAGGAGCUGAUUAACAACAUCGCCAAGGCCCACGGUGGUUUCUCUGUCUUCACCGGUGUCGGCGAGCGGACGCGUGAGGGUAACGACUUGUACCACGAAAUGCAGGAGACCCAGGUCAUCCAGCUCGACGGCGAGUCCAAGGUCGCACUGGUGUUCGGUCAGAUGAACGAGCCUCCAGGGGCUCGUGCUCGUGUCGCUCUUACUGGGUUGACCGUCGCCGAGUACUUCCGUGACGAGGAAGGCCAGGAUGUGCUUCUCUUCAUCGACAACAUCUUCCGUUUCACUCAGGCCGGUUCUGAAGUGUCUGCCCUGCUCGGUCGUAUCCCGUCUGCCGUCGGUUAUCAACCCACCCUCGCCGUCGACAUGGGUAUCAUGCAGGAACGUAUUACCACCACACAGAAGGGCUCCAUCACAUCCGUGCAGGCCGUCUACGUGCCCGCUGACGAUUUGACUGAUCCCGCUCCCGCCACCACCUUCGCCCAUUUGGACGCCACCACUGUGCUGUCGCGUGGUAUCUCCGAGUUGGGCAUCUACCCAGCCGUCGACCCUCUAGAUUCCAAGUCUCGUAUGUUGGACCCCCGUGUUGUCGGCCAGGACCACUACGAUACCGCCACAAAGGUGCAGCAGAUGUUGCAGGAGUACAAGUCGCUCCAGGACAUCAUCGCCAUUCUGGGCAUGGACGAGUUGUCGGAACAGGACAAGCUGACCGUCGAGCGUGCGCGUAAGCUGCAGAGGUUCUUGAGCCAGCCUUUCACCGUCGCGCAGGUGUUCACGGGUAUUGAGGGCAAGCUUGUCGACCUUAAAGAUACCAUCAGGUCGUUCAAGAGCAUCAUGAACGGCGAGUGCGAUGACCUGCCGGAAGGUGCAUUCUACAUGGUCGGCGACAUCGAGUCAGCACGCGCCAAGGGCGAGAAGAUUCUUGCGGAUUUGGAGAAGUCAUAG